AUGGCCCAAAGUCCUCAUGUUCUCAUUUUCCCUUUUCCUGUUCAGGGCCAUAUUAAUUGUAUGCUGAAGCUUGCUGAGCUUCUGUGUUGCAGUGGCCUCCAUGUUACAUUUCUCAACUCGCAUCACAUCCAUGAACGCCUUCUCUGUUGCACCGACAUUCACCAGCAUUUUAACCAGUAUCCAACUUUCCAUUUUGAAACGAUUUCAGAUGGACUACCCGCAGAUCAUCCCAGGACUGGCGAUCGCGUUGUGGAGCUCUUUCGCUCCAUAAACACCAUAACCAAACCUGAAUUCAGGGACAUACUGAUCGGUCUUCACAAUCCUGAUGGAAGACCACCCGUUACGUGCAUUAUUGCCGAUGGAAUCAUGUCUUUUACCGUUGAUGUUGCCAAAGAACUCAAGAUUCCUACUAUCUUGUUCCGGACUGUGAGUGCUAGUUGCUUCUGGGCGUUUCUGUCAGUUACAAAACUCCUUGAAGCUGGCGAGCUUCCACUGAACGGUGAAAGUAACAGGGACAGGUUACUUUCCAAUAUGCCUGGAUUGGAAAGCUUUAGGUUGCGAGAUCUUCCAAGCUUCUGUCGUACGAGUAAUCUGUCUGACUCUGGCUUCCAAGUGGUCAUAUCUGAGACUUUGCAGAACCUCAAAGCUGAUGGUCUAUUACUCAAUACUUGUGAAGAAAUAGAAGGUCCAGCAUUAUCAUACAUACGAGAGCUCAUGCCAAAUCUGUACACAGUUGGACCACUUCACGCGCACCUGAAGUCCCGAGCGGGGUCCAAUCCAGCGCAGCAGAGGACAUCUUCAAGUAGCCUCUGGACAGAAGAUAGGAGCUGCAUGACAUGGCUUGAUAGGAAGCCACAUAAGAAUCAAAAUGUUUGUAUUCUGUCAGUUGUAUCAAUCGCGAUGAGUAAGGCAAGGCAGCCCUAUUCUUCGGAUUCUUAA